AAGGACUUCAAAUUUUGCUGGAAAAUCUUCAUCGGAAAGUAUAGAUAAUCCUGUCUCAUGCCUCUGAGAUUCAUUUAAAAAACAAAACAAAAAACACCCACAACCCAAAGCAUCGUGCGCAUUGAAAACACAUAUCGCCACUCCCGGGUCCAGAGGCCCUCGGACAUGUACUUGAACUCUGCGGGUUCCACUGAGUCUCAGAGUGAGGAGCAAGGAAAAGUGCGCUCCAUAGUCGAUGGGUGAACAGGCUGCAGGACAGUGAGCCGCUCGCCAGCCGGUUUCUCUCCUUCCCAGGAAACUGCAGGGGAGGGUGUGGAGCCUCUGGAAGGGGUGGCAGGGGAGGGCGUUUCUCUGACCUCCUGCCUCCCACCUGCUGGCCCGGCUCCUCUCCAGCGCCCAGUCGGAGGAGUCGGUCCCCCGCCCCCUCCAGCGAGCGAUGCUGUCGGAGCCGGCGCGGGCCGCGGAGCAGGCAGUCCCGGCGCCCAGCUCGGCCCCGGGCUGAGUCCUCGCAGCCGCCGCCGCCGAAACUGCAGCCGCGGCGGGUGGAUGGUGGGCGGCGGCCUGGACUCCAGUCUCCGGCCGCCGGGCGCGGGGCCGCGCCGCGGUCUCCUCUUCGCUCCGCGUCCGGGGCUGCGCGGGGCGCGGGAGGCGGGCGGGGGGCGCGGCGGGGAGACGGCGCGGCGAAGGCGGAGGCCGGCGGCUGGCGUCCCCCCGCUCGGACCGCGGCCGACGCGAUGUCCACCAAGGUCAAGAAGUGCAAGGAGCAGGCGAGGGUGACCUUCCCUGCGCCCGAGGAGGAGGAGGAGGAGGAGGAGGAGGAGGAGGAGGAGGAGGAGGAGGAGGAGGACGUGAGCGCCGAGCCGCAGCGCCGCCGGCGCGGCUGGAGGGGCGUCAACGGGGGGCUGGAGCUGCGCUCCGCGACCUCGUCGCCGGAACCGCACGGCCGCCGCCCGCCGCCCUGGUCUCCGGAGCCCGAUCUGUCCAUGGAUGAAAGCCCAUCUCUGAGGCGCAAGACGGUGAUGCGGGAGAAGGGCCGGCGCCAGGCCGUGCGGGGCCCGGCCUUCAUGUUCAACGACCGCGGCACCAGCCUCACAGCCGAGGAGGAGCGCUUCCUGGACGCGGCCGAGUACGGCAACAUCCCGGUGGUGCGCAAGAUGCUGGAGGAGUCCCGCACCCUCAAUGUCAACUGCGUGGACUACAUGGGCCAGAACGCGCUGCAGCUGGCCGUGGGCAACGAGCACCUGGAGGUGACGGAGCUGCUGCUCAAGAAGGAGAACCUGGCGCGCAUCGGCGACGCGCUGCUGCUGGCCAUCAGCAAGGGCUACGUGCGCAUCGUGGAGGCCAUCCUCAACCACCCCGGCUUCGCGGCCAGCGGGCGCCUGACGCUCAGCCCCUGCGAGCAAGAGCUGCAGGACGACGACUUCUACGCCUACGACGAGGACGGCACGCGCUUCUCGCCCGACAUCACGCCCAUCAUCCUGGCGGCGCACUGCCAGAAGUACGAGGUGGUGCACAUGCUGCUGCUGCGCGGCGCGCGCAUCGAGCGGCCGCACGACUACUUCUGCAAGUGCGGCGACUGCACCGAGAAGCAGCGGCGUGACUCCUUCAGCCACUCGCGCUCCAGGAUCAACGCCUACCGUGGGCUGGCCAGCCCGGCCUACCUGUCCCUGUCCAGCGAGGACCCCGUGCUCACCGCCCUGGAGCUCAGCAACGAGCUGGCCAAGCUGGCCAACAUCGAAAAGGAGUUCAAGAAUGACUAUCGGAAGCUGUCCAUGCAAUGCAAAGACUUCGUGGUGGGCGUGCUGGACCUGUGCCGGGACUCGGAAGAGGUGGAAGCCAUCCUGAACGGAGACCUGGAAUCGGCGGAGUCUGUGGAGGCUCACAAGCACAAGGCCUCCCUGAGCCGCGUCAAACUUGCCAUUAAGUAUGAGGUCAAAAAGUUUGUGGCUCACCCCAACUGCCAGCAGCAGCUCCUCACCAUCUGGUACGAGAACCUCUCAGGACUGCGGGAACAGACCAUAGCCAUCAAGUGUCUGGUGGUGCUGGUGGUGGCCUUGGGCCUCCCGUUCCUUGCCAUAGGCUACUGGAUCGCACCGUGCAGCCAGCUGGGGAAGGUCCUGCGCAGCCCCUUCAUGAAGUUCGUGGCGCAUGCGGCUUCUUUCAUCCUCUUCCUGGGCCUGCUUGUGUUCAACGCCUCAGACAGGUUCGAAGGCGUCAGCACGCUGCCCAACAUCACAGUCCUCGACUACCCCAAGCAGAUCUUCAGGGUCAAGACCACCCAGUUCACGUGGACCGAGAUGCUAAUAAUGGUUUGGGUCCUUGGAAUGAUGUGGUCCGAGUGCAAGGAGCUCUGGCUGGAAGGCCCGAGGGAAUACAUCGUGCAGCUCUGGAACGUGCUGGACUUCGGGAUGCUCUCCAUCUUCAUCGCUGCGUUCACGGCCAGGUUCCUGGCUUUCCUCCAGGCAACGAAAGCACAGCAGUACGUGGACAGCUACGUCCAAGAGAGCGACCUGAGUGAAGCCACCCUCCCCCCGGAAAUACAGUAUUUCACGUACGCCAGAGAUAAGUGGCUUCCCUCCGACCCUCAGAUCAUUUCGGAAGGGCUCUAUGCCAUCGCCGUGGUGCUCAGCUUCUCCCGGAUUGCCUACAUACUCCCUGCCAACGAGAGCUUCGGCCCCUUGCAGAUCUCCCUGGGCAGGACCGUGAAAGACAUCUUCAAGUUCAUGGUCCUCUUCAUUAUGGUGUUUCUCGCCUUUAUGAUUGGCAUGUUCAUCCUAUACUCUUACUACCUUGGGGCUAAAGUAAAUGCUGCUUUUACCACUGUGGAAGAAAGCUUCAAGACUCUGUUUUGGUCCAUAUUCGGGUUGUCUGAAGUGACUUCAGUUGUGCUCAAAUAUGAUCACAAGUUCAUAGAGAAUAUUGGAUACGUGCUUUAUGGAAUAUACAAUGUGACUAUGGUGGUCGUUUUGCUCAACAUGUUAAUUGCUAUGAUUAACAGCUCAUAUCAAGAAAUUGAGGAUGACAGCGAUGUCGAAUGGAAGUUUGCUCGCUCAAAACUUUGGUUAUCUUAUUUUGAUGAUGGAAAAACAUUACCUCCACCCUUCAGUCUAGUUCCCAGUCCAAAGUCAUUUGUUUAUUUCAUCAUGCGGAUUGUUAACUUUUCCAAAUGCAGAAGAAGGAGGCUCCAGAAAGAUAUAGAAAUGGGACUGGGGAACUCAAAGUCCAGGUUUGCCAAGUGCUUUGCUGUACAUUUGACCCUCAUGCAGCACUGUGAGUUAAACCUCUUCACUCAGUCUAACUCCAGAGUUUUUGAAUCACACAGUUUUAACAGCAUUCUCAAUCAGCCAACACGUUAUCAGCAGAUAAUGAAAAGGCUCAUAAAGCGGUAUGUUUUGAAAGCCCAAGUAGACAAAGAGAAUGAUGAAGUGAAUGAAGGCGAACUAAAAGAAAUCAAGCAAGAUAUCUCCAGCCUUCGUUAUGAACUGUUGGAGGACAAGAGCCAGGCGACAGAGGAGCUGGCCAUGCUAAUUCACAAGCUCAGCGAGAAGCUGAGCCCCAGCUCGCUGAGGUGUGAGUGACGUUGAGCCUGGACUGCUGCUUGGACUAUCGUGCAAAUGUGGGCAAUAAUAUUUCUAAGUAUGAAGUACUUGAAAAACCAUAGUGUACAUGUUUAGUGUUACCUACCUUUAUCAUGUGAAUCUUUUGAAAGUUAAGUCUUCAUGAUUUUACUGUUUUAUCACAUGUACAUGAUCUUCAUUGGCCUUGUCUGCCUUGGCAUUACAAACGACGACAUGAUAUUGUAUGGGAAGGCCCAAUGGUUGCCAUUUUUGUCUAUUUUAGAGUGAACUCUACUACAUCUUACUGUGAGUAAGCUCCUUGGGGACAGGACUAUGUCUUACUCAUCUUUGUGUCUCAGCAUCUAGUACAGUGCCUGGUACAAAGGAGCGCGAAGUAAAUGUUGUUGAAACCACCUGCACUGAACUGCCAACAAAGUACAAAUACAAAUAAAGGCCAAAACUAUGUAGCACACCUUCUCUUGUCCAAGUGCUGAAGCGUUUUUUGUUUUGUUUGUUUUUUUUAAUAGAAACUGAAAACAACUGAUAAGCAGCUAUGACUUGAUCAGAUUUUCUUAGAAUUUUUGGCAUCACCAAUAAUCCUAGAACCUUUGAGCCUGGGGAAGAAUUUAACCAUGAAAUGGAUUAAUAGAAAAUAUCAUCAUGUUGAAGUUUCAUAGAAUUGCUCAAAGUAACUUAUUAAAGAUUUUUCUAAAGGAUAGACUGUUUUCUGUCUUAGAUUUUCAUUUGUUGUUUUUCAUGUGAAUUUAGUCACAGGACAGGGAAUUGUUUUAAGGGGGCUGUGUAGGGUUGUUAUUUUGUUAUAACCUCCUGAUUUCUGCCUCUGCGUUUUGGAGGGCAUGCUUCCGGGAAGAAAUAGGACAGAGCAGUGGCUGUGGACCUGGAGCGGUUUGUCCAACCAUCAGCGGGUGGAUGUCAGUGCCCUUGGAGGCCUCUCCUUGCCAUUGCUCACAAUGCUUGGCAUCAUUUAUCUGAUCAAAACGUUGAGCUUAUAUUUUUUACACAAAACAGGUUGUGAUGUAUCUUCUCGGCUUAGUGUGUAACUGAGCUGAAUGCUGGUAAUAUCUACAAUGCCUCAGGGCUUUAGCAGGCCAGUAAGUUCCCUCAUCUCUUCACAGACCAUGAAACACUCAAUUGCAUUACUGCAGUUAGGCUUAAAUGGCUUAUAGAGUUAUGCUUAACCUCCUGUUCCAUCUGUUUGCAUUAAGACUGAGAGGAAUAGGAAUUGUGACCAAACUCAAAGGUAGUUUUAUAGGCCCUAGACAUGGUUUAAAAGAUGAUACUUUAAGUUCAUUGCUCUCACACAGCAAGGCUUUCUAGACAUGAAGACAAAACGAGCAUUAAGUAGAACCACAUAAAACUCUUUAAAUAUGAUUUAAUUUCUACUUCUUGGGAUUUAAACAAAUUAAAAAGAGAACUUUAUACAUUUUUGCUACCAUUGUAGACUAUUUCACUAACUUUUAUGCUAUUCUAAUAGUACUUUGUCUUAAAUGUUUUUCAGACUUUCUGUAUUUAAUGUUAUGCCUCAGAACUGAAUAAAAUAUUGAAUUUUUUCAUUGU